AUGACUUCUCAUUACCAAUACCCGCCAGCUCAGCAGCAGGGCUAUGCAGGUUCCCAUUAUCAACUACAGCAACCAUGGGGACCAAAUAGCUAUACACCAGGCCAAGGAUAUCAACAGUCACAGCAAGGUUAUCCACCGCAAAGUUAUCCCCCGGCCCAGUAUCCAGCCGGCUCGCCAAUGCCUGGUCAACAAGCACCGCACCCGUAUAUGCAACAGCCAUAUGCCCAGGUACCACCCGCGCAGCCUCAGUAUUAUCCAACACAGUCACAGGGCCAACUUGCGCCGCAACAAUCAGUACCAGCAUCAGGGCACCAUUCAAGGCCUACGACGCCUCAGAACCUCUCCUUCGUUGACCCCAAAGAGCUUGUCAAUUAUCUUGAAGAACAUCGCCAACCCCCAAUCCCGCAAACCUGGCAUCUUCCCCCUGUAACGUCCUCGCUGUAUGGCACUUUCCACCCCAACGCCGACAGCGACUGGGCCGACCCGCUCGCGGCGCAAGAGUGGUCCUCCCUCCGCCCGGUAGUCCAAUAUAAAUCACCCAAACACGCGCCCCUUUUCUACAUCAAGGCUGAACAAAAGGGUGGCCACAUUCGUGACAAGAAGUACUCCUGGACCAUGUCAUCGCCCUCUUCCAACGCAAAGAACCUAUGGAACUACACCCUCACCCGCAACCGCAAGACCGACGCCGUCCUCAGCGAAACGCUCACGAACCCCCACGGCAUCCAGAUCCACCCGAAAUUCAGAGCCACUGGAGAAUACGCCUCGCUCACUUUCAAGAGUCUGGAUGGCAAAAGCUACGAAUGGCGCUCUUCGGCCCGCGUGAGCAGCUUGAAUGGUGCAAGAUGGGACACCGUCCGCCACGCCCUCUUUUACAACAACGCCAUCGUCGCCGAUCAUACCUUCUGGGACGGCUUCGUGGACGAGCAGGAGAUCCACAAAACGGCGUCGUGCGACGGGUGUAAGAUGAAACCCAUGGUUGGCAUCCGCUGGAAAUGCAAAACGUGUCCCGACCACGACGUCUGCAACCCUUGUCGACAGACCGGUCAGUCCGUGAAACCGACCUGCGCGUGGCGGAUCAAGGGCGCGUGUCCUGAUGAGGCGCUCAACGUACGUAUGCAGGGUCUGGAUAUUGGCAUGGCGGUUGCGACGCUUCAGGUCUUGCGGGAUUGGGAGCGGCAUUUGCUGCGAGAAGAGAAGGCGAAGAAUCCGAUUGAGGUGGCGCAUGCAGAGACGCUAGCGAGGGAGCAACCGCUGGGGAUGAUUGCGUAUAUAAGAGCGAAGGAUCUCAAAAAUGGCAGUAGUGCUAAUGCGGAGUUGAACGCCUCGUUGCAUCAUAUCAAACAAGGUAUUGAGCUUGGAGGACAGCUGCAGAAUAUGUCCGCCGGAGAUGGGGGUGGGAUUGGCGGGGAUGGCGGCGGAGGAGGAGGAGGAGGAGGAGGGGGAGGGGGAGGCGAUGGCGGUGGAGGAGGUGGGGGGUGCUAA